UAUGGCCAGCCAAUUCUCCGCCUUCCACCUGUGGCUGCUCAUUUGUUACUGCUGUUGGCUGAUAGCUCUGAGCCAUUCGGCAUCUGACACGAGAAGCAGAGAGGACGGGAGGGGGCGGCCCAGGAAGAGAUGUGAUUGGGCCAGCCUAGUGUCAUUAUAAAAAAUUAAACAAUAGGCAGCUGCCCCUACUUUAUGGGCCGGUCUUUGGCAAUCAAAAAAAUAUAUAUAUUGCCAACAACUGGCUUCCAAGGUGUGUUGGCCCACCGGGAAAAGACCGGUAUGCCAGAUUACCAGUCCACUACUAGUGGAGUCCCCAUAAUAUAAAUGAGCCGGUCUCUGUUUUUCCAGACAGACUUGGACGAGACACCAGCAAGCUGCUUACGUGACGGACAUUCACAGGAACAAGUUUUCUCUUCAGGCUUUUCUGCGCUAAAGGGGAGCUGAGAAGGAGAGAAGCCGUUUUGUUUCCUUGUGUGCUUCGAGUCUGCCUUCACUGUAAAAACAACAACCAAAGUCAAAACUGAAGUUGUGCCAACAAACCAAGCCCUUCUCUCUGCUUCAACUAAAGGAGACACCUUGACUAGUGGGCGCUGGAUGGAGAGCAUUGAGCCAUUGUCUGGCUUUGCUAAGCCUUUGGUACGUUACAACAUAUCCAACCAUGAGUGCCAGGAGGAGGUGGCGUGUACAUUGGAGUUCAUUCAAAGACAGACUUGGACGAGACACCAGCAAGCUGCUUACGUGACGGACAUUCACAGGAACAAGUUUUCUCUUCAGGCUUUUCUGCGCUAAAGGGGAGCUGAGAAGGAGAGAAGCCGUUUUGAAUGCAUGUUUCCUUGAGUCAGCCUUCACUGUAAAAACAACAACCAAAGUCAAAACUGAAGUUGUGCCAACAAACCAAGCCCUUCUCUCUGCUUCAACUAAAGGAAACCAAAGGUUACACAUGAAAAUCACCACUUAACUGCUGACUAAAUAAUCAGAAAUGGGGAACGCAUUACCAUCAGAACAUAACAUGGGCAACCGCCUGAGAUGCUGCAAGUGCAAUAAUGUACUGCCUCCAUGCAAAUCCUUCGAUGAUUUAUACCGAAGUACUGUUCAUGGGCGGGACGUAUAUGUGUUCAAUGGAGGUGAAUACUACAGACCAGUUGGCUACGAUAAUAUGUACGAGUGUAAUUACUGCUUUAAUAAGCCAAUCAGGGAUCAAGAGGAGCGACAGAGGAGAGAAGAGGAGAGGAGAAGAGAAGAGGAGAGGAGAAGAGGAGAAGAGCGACGGAGGAGAGAAGAGGAGAGGAGAAGAGAAGAGGAGAGGAGAAGAGAAGAGGAGCGACGGAGGAGAGAAGAGGAGAGACAGAUGAAAGAACAGCAAAGAGCAAGAGAGGCUGAAGAGAAGAAGAGACAAGAAGAACUGAAUCAAAGACUUCAAGAAUCCCACCAACGAGCCAACGAGCAGCAGGAGAAACAACUGAGCAGCGACAUUUCAGAAGAAUAUGAGUCCAAGCGAGACGUUCUAAUAUGGCAUCUGGGUGAGUUUGAGGCUAACUAUGAAUCAGGCAGUGAUGAGCUUCUAGAAAUCCUCUCUUUGAAAUGCAGUUUCCCAGUUCCAGAUCUCAGUCUCACUCAGCUGACAGCUGAUCAGCUGGGGAAGAUCGUGUCAGUCCUGGACAAACUUCUGUUUGAUGAAUGGAUUAGUGCUCCCCCAUCCCUCAGUACUCUGCAGCACACUCAGGUGUUCCUCACAGAGCUGUGUGCCUUGUCUCUGGAGAUAUCUGAGGGAGUUUCCCUACAAAGCUUCUCCAAUCAUGUGCAGUCCCUGGUGGAGUCCAUCAGCCAAUCAGCAUGUGAUGUUUUUGAGAGUUUCCUGCUGACUCAAGCCCUGUAUGUGAACCUGAUGCACUUUUUCACUGACUACGGCAGCUCUGAUACUGACGCAGUCGUCAUAGCCAAACAAUGGGCUGAACGUGAGCUUUCUACUGAGCAGCUCUUUCUUAUAGAAUUCCUGAUCACCCUCACAUCAUCACUGCAGAAUGCAGUUGAAAGAGCCUCUGUGUUCAUUUUAAAGAUGGAAAUGCAGUGCUUGAAGCUUCUCUUAUCCACACUCACACAACUAAAUGGCAAAGAAACCCAUUCAGAAUCCACUGAAAUGCUCCUCAGACUUGUGCAAACAAACCAUUGGACCCCAACGGAGGCGGUGACUCUGCUCAAAGCACUGUCACAGAAAUAUGCAGAGGAUGUUUCAAUAACUGAAGUCCUUACGUUGGUACAAGUGUACGACAUAUCGCCUGAGUGGACGGAUGAGUCCGGACGAUCUCUCAUCCAUGCUCUUGACUUUGCUGGCCCUGAGAGAUUUCAUCAGGAUUUCCAAAAGACUGUCAGAAGGGAAGAUGAGAGCAGUCUAGUUGCAGCUCUAGCAGAAUUAAAAAUGUUAUGGAAUUUGGAUGAUUCUGUGAUUGAUAUGAUAAAAAACAUUACCAGUGGCGUCCGGCAAUAUUCAGAAAAUGCACCAAAAGAUGCACCAUUUAUGAAAGAUUCCUUUAAAUGUGUAACCUUGAAUGCAGACGACAUACAGAACUCUCUGUCUCAGCUCUGCAAAGCAGUUUUUGACACAAAAGGCUGGUGGCCCACAGGGAGUCAGAUGUUGCGGUGGUGUGCAUUGGUGCUGACUGAGAAGAGUGGAGCGCUACAACUGGUUGGUGUGGAAGAAGACUCAUGUGUCACAGCCAUGUUUGCAGCCGCACAAGUCUGCAUGGGAAACAAACUGGACAUUGUGCUGAGCUCUGACGUUCAAUCAGAGGAGCGAACUAAGGAGUGGUCUGACUUCUACAAACACCUUGGAAUUUUUGUCAACACAAACUUGAAGAAAACGAAUGCAUCAUACAGGGAAGUCUAUGAAGCGGACAUUGUGUAUGGUACCAUCAAUGACUUUGUCUCUGAUUACUUUCAGUACGGCAUAGAGGUGAUGGAAACAGGGAACCCUCAGCUUAGUCGUGGAUUUAUCAUUGAAGAACAAAGUCUCAGUUCUUCCCAUAAUCUGCAACUUUCAAGGCUCAAGGACAAUGAUUCCCUGGUGUUUGCUGCAGAGGUCCUGCAAAGCCUCAUGGGUAAACUUCACAGUGAAGAUAUGGAACUGAGAAACAGGUUUAUUAAGGCUCUUUUUCAGCUGCUCCACACCAACCUAAACAAAGACACAAAGGCUGACAAUAAAAUCAUCACCAUCUCAAAGAAAAUUACUGGAAAGGGAUUGGCUUCUGAUGAGGUCUUUGUUCUGACCUUUCUUGAGAAUCUCCUGAGAGUGGUUACUGAAGAACCAGAAAGUGAGAAAAACGGGACAUCUCCAGCCGGCAAAUGGUGUUUGGAGAUUUUAUUUGCCUGUGUGGAGCAUUUCCAAGCCUCAAAAGCACAAACCAAGGAACUCUUGCAGAUGGUUUCAAAUCUUGGAGCACAAAGACUCUGGUCACCCGUAGAGGUCUUGAACCUCCUUGGAGCAUUGACUGACCACCAUCAUGAUGAAGACCGUAUUUCCAUCAUGAAGAUUUUACAUUUAAUGGCAACAUAUCAGGUGUCUUCCAAAUGGACAGAUGAGAACAACCAAUCUCUCCUUAAGCUCUUAGAUUCAUCUAGAACUAAGAAACUGAUCCAGCAUUUAGAAAAGAGCCUCAGAGACGAGAAAAUAAAAAGCAUUGACACUCUUUUUGACGAAAUACGGCAGAUGAAAGAUAUUGAUGAACAAACACUGAGUAAAUCAUACAGUAUAGUAACUCAUGUAACACACCUGAUCAAAACCGGGGAAAUUAAAAACCACACAGAUGUACAGCGAGCUAGGAAUCUGAGUCACAGCACGGACACAGAAGACCUUCAGGAGUUCCUGGCAGUCUUAUGCAAUGCUGCGCACCUGCACAACUUUGAAGGGAAGUGGUGGCCCAGAGCCACUCAGAUGAUCAGCUGGUGCCUCUUAGCCUUGUCUGACACUGGGAAGCUCCUGGAGAUGGGCACUGGAGAAGGGAAGUCUUGUGUCAUAGCAAUGUUUGCAGUGCUGCGUGCGCUUAGGGGUGAAAAAGUAGAUGUGGUGUCCAGCUCUUCUGUGUUAUGUCAAAGAGAUGCAGAAGAAUGGACCAACUUCUACAAGUACUUUGGUGUGACAGCUGACACAAACACAAAUAAAACCGAAGAUGAAGAUCGAAAAAAAUGCUACCAGAAGGAUGUGGUCUAUGGAACUAUCGAAGCCUUCGCUGCAGAUCACCUUCGCCAGAUAUUUGAAAUGAAGGAUGUGAGGCCUGAUCGCAGCUAUCAGUGCAUCAUAAUCGAUGAAGUGGACUCACUGCUACUGGAUCAGGGAGUGCAGCUGACCUACCUGUCCAGUCCCAUGGUCUCCAUGCAGCACUUGAACAUUAUUCUGGCCAUGAUCUGGAGCCACGUCAGCCAGUAUGGCUUCCUGUCUGCAGGACACCAGACAUUUGUACAGGGUCCUCCUGCUUCAUUCUUCAAGGCCAUCUUUGACUCAAUAGACACAGAGGAAACUGAUAUUAAUGAUCCAAUGGACAUUUUACGCAUCGCUGAAGAAUCCAACGCUGUGCCAAAAGGAUUUACAGAGGAUCUCUACAAAAGUGAAAAGGAUGAACUUCUUAGGAAACUGAAAACUGUGAGUCAGGAUGCUAUGGUAGAUUUUUUCCAAGAAAUUGAGCACUAUGUCCCCUAUGGUUUUACUGUUUACACUUUAGACGACAAAGGGUUGCUCUGUCUGAGAAAGCGCAGCCUGUACAACAACCAGGACAUUUCAGAGCUUACAUUUCUUGUCUUGGAGGAAGGCUUGUGUUGUUCUCUCUAUGACUCAGAAGAAAUUCUCAUCAAGCCAAUUGCAGAAAUGAUCUCAGAGAAAAUUCAGUACACCCCAUGUACAAACAAUGAAGACAAAAUCAGCAUUCCUGGAUUCUUGAAGAAUCUGGUGGAGAAGAAAGUGUCAGUGUGGGUUCAGAAUGCCUUUCUGGCAAUGCAACUGAAGCAAGGACGGGAAUAUGUUGUAGAAAACGACAACGUCUGUCCAGUGGAUUUCAGAUCAACUGGUAUUGUGGAGCUGAAUAAGAAAUGGGGUGAUGGUCUGCAGCAGUUUGUUGAGAUUAAACACAAAAUCAAACUGAGCACAAUUUCAGUAGUGACAAACUACGUUUCUAACAUUUCCUUUUUUGAAAAGUACCAUGGGAAAAUAUAUGGAACAACAGGGACACUUGGGAGCAAAACAGACAUGCUGUUUUUGCAGGACCUAUAUCCAAAUCUCUGUGCCUGCAAAAUGCCAACAUUCAACAGGAAGAAGUUAUUUGAGGUCCAAGGUACACUGAAGACCUCAGCUGAAGAGUGGAAAUCUGAACUAAAACGUGUGGUUAUGGCUCAGAUUUCCCCAAAUUCAUACAGAGAUGGAAGAGCAGCCCUGGUGAUCUGUGAAACCAUCAACAAAGCUAAAGAGAUCUACGAAGAGCUGAAAGGCAGUAUCCCAGGUGAAAUCAUUCUCUACUGCCGCAGCGACAGAGACAGUUUGAGCAAAAUAGAUAAGGAACUGCUUCCUGGUGAUGUCAUUGUUGCCACAAACCUUGCCGGGCGUGGCACAGACAUAAAAGUGUCUAAACAGGUGAACAACAAUGGAGGAUUAUUUGUGAUCCUCUCCUUCCUUUCUGAGAACACAAGAGUGGAACUCCAGGCUUUUGGUCGAACCGCACGCAAAGGUAAACCUGGAUCUGCUCAGGUAAUCAUGUCCACUGAACACCUGCAGCAGUCUUUCAGGACAGCGUCUUCUCUGGAGGAAGCUAAGAGCACAAGGGAUAGACUGGCAGCAGAAAUGAUAAAUCACAUGAUGAACGAUGUCACAGAGUUGAAACUGCGGGAGGACCUGUUUUCAGAGUAUGUCAGAACUCUUCAAGAUAUUCAUAAGAUCACAGAUGUAGAUGACAAAAGAGCUGCUGUUGCCAUCAUGAAUGAGUUCUGGGGGAUGUGGUUGCAAACUAAAUCAGAAGAAAUUGACCAGUUGAAGAGAAAUGAAUUGCAAAAGAGUUUGAAGGCUGAUUUGUCAUUGGCAAAAUGUCAGUCUCAAAGUCAGACUUCACCGUGUUCUAGCAUUUAUCACUACAUCAAGUUUGGAAAUAUCGCGCUGAGUGAAAAACAAUGGGACGUCAGCACCAGGCUAUUUGAAAAAGCCAUGAAACAAGAUGAAAGUUGGGCAGCCAUAGCUUUUUACACUCAUGCGUACUGCACUAUAAAGCAGCAAAAUGCAGAUUACCUCACUAAGGCCAGAGAUGAUCUAAUGAAGGCACAGGAGUCUCUGAAGUAUCUCAGUGAGGAAUCCAUGGUCUGUCUGCAGUUUGUAAAGAUGUCCUCUGCAGACUCAGCCAACAGUAACCCAACCAGCCUUGAAAAACAGUUAACAACCAAGUGCAGCAUGUUGGGGUACUUUGACAAAAACAUUAGUGAGGCCAUCCAAAAGCUGGAUGAAAUAAAAGAAAGAGGGAGGGAUGCAAUCGUUAAAAAAUUACCAAUUUUCUCUCUGGUGUCGAGUGCUGACGAAGAUCUCCAAGUGGAAGCCUACCACCUCUACAGUCAAGGAUUGCAAUAUGUAUUUUCUGUGGAAGAGGAGCCUCGUUUCCCAUGGGAAGCUCUGCUGGUAUUCAGUCUUGGAGUUUUACAGAUUAUUGGAGGAGCACUGCUCACUGCAUUUACAUUUGGUACAUUGGCUCAAGUCGGCAUGGGACUCAUCACUGAAGGAAUAUCAGACUGCAUCUAUGGCAUAGAGUCCAUGGUGACAGGAGAAUUCAGCUGGAAAGCAUGGGCUAUAGAAAAAGCCAUUUCUAUAGGUGUAUCUCUCAUUGGGUAUGGGGUUGGAAAGCUGAUCGCAAAGGGCAUCAAAUCUUCUAAAAUGUUAAUUAAGGGAUUCGGCAAACAACUGAAGUCUAUGCCAAAGUUUCUCUCCAGACAGGCUAAAGAUGGUUUAAGUGUUGUCACAAAGACAAAUAUGAAGAAUGCAGUAAAACACACUGCUAAAAUAAUGGUAGAGGAAAUCAUUACCUAUGGAUUGGGGAAGGUAGAAGAGGAAAUACUGACACAAAUACUAAACGGCAUCAAAAAUAAGCUGGAAAAGGGAAUUGUUGACGACGUGAAAUCCAACAUAGAAAAAGAGCCCUUGGCUACGUUAGUAGACUCCAUUAUCCUCUCACACAUUGAGGAUAAAAAGCAACUUCGUGAUCUCCUGGAGGAUGAAAACAGAAAGAGUGAACUGCUAGCCAUUUUCAGAAAGUUAAGCAACACUGCAGUACAGCCAUUCUAUGCAAACCUCAGCUGGCAGAACAAGAUUAACUCGGCCUUCUCCAAAGUGAUUGACAAAGUUAAAGCCGAGGCCAAAGGAAAAGCAACUGUAAUUCUGACAGCCAUCCAAACUUUUCACAUGGCAACACUGGCAGGAGACGCCAUCAUCGCAGUGAACAGCCUCUCCGACAGGUUUUUCUCAAACCUUCAUGAACAGCUGAAUAUAUUUACAAAAGAAAAAGGGUUUUCAGAGAAAGUGAAGGUAAAUGAGCUGUCUGCUUCAGACACUGAGAUGCUGAAGAAAUUCAAACAGGAUUUAGCCGACAUCAUCAGUGCAACAUUGGCUGAUGUUUUGGUAGAAGUGUUCCACCAGAAGUUCUCCAGUCACUUUGUUUCUCGUCUUCAAGGCCAAGUAAAUGGCGUCAUUGGCCGUUUUGUAAGAACUGGCUUAAAGACUGACAGAACAGAAGAAAAACUCAGAGCUGGACAGAACAACAGGUACAUCGCAUACAUGCCAAUUUCUAAACAUAAAGUUGCAGGAGAGGCAGGUAAACACUCACAGUCACAUGCUGAAAAGAUCAGGAACCCCAUGACUGCGGGAACCAUUCUUGAUAUCAGAGUCCUGUCAGAAACCACUGGCACUAAAGUUGUCAUCCUAACAGAGGACAGCCAUGGCAGACAUACCAAAAUGCAGGAGCUGAGCCCAGGCACUAAACCCGCCAGUCAAACUGUGACACUGAUCUACAGACCAAAGAGUACCCAAUACCCAGACGGCCAUUACGAUGUGUCCAUCAAUAACCAGCCAGUGAGCAUAGUCAACAAGGGCAAGAGCUGCCUGUUUCAUGCUUUGGCAAGAGGCAUGAAACCAGAGGCCAGUGAAAAAGAGAUCGCUUUGGAAGCAGCCCGCCUCCGAUCUGUGGAGGCCGACACUCUCCUCAGACACCCAGGCCAAUGGGAGUCUUUCGUCAAGCGCAAAGAGUGGACUGAAGCAAUCAGAGGAGGGCACUGGUACAUGGCAGAGGGAGCUAGCUUGACCCUGGAGGAGCUCCAGAGAGGCAGAAACUGCUUGCUGGACAUCACAGAAGGCUCAGAGAAACAGUGA